AUGUUGAGUGAACUCCUCCAAGUGUUUCUUAGUCUUUUGCGAUUGCACCUCCUUUGGACUUUAUUUUCAGUACUUGCAAUAUUCAGCUGCUACUACUUUGUUUACGCACCCAUUACGUCCCCGUUCUGGAACAUUCCGGGACCUUAUAUCUAUCGAGUAUCAAUAAUUCCUGCCUUGAAUCAUCAACGAAACGGGACAUGGAUACAAACAGUCUAUAAACUACAUCAGAUCUAUGGCCCCAUCGUCAUCUUAUCACCAAAAGAGAUCAGUGUUUAUGGACCACAAUAUGUCAAUGAUAUUUACAUCAAAAAUUUCCCCAAAUCGUCAUUCUAUGCCAAUUUUACCAACCAUGGCCAUGAUAAUAUCUUUGCCUCGUUGCCCAAUGAUCAGCACUUACAAUACAAAAAGAUCAUAAUGAGAUUGUACAAUAAGGGAAAUGUCAUGUCGCCUGAAAACAACACCAGGAGAAUUUUGAUUGAGUCAACGAGGAAAAUGCUAGAAUACGUAUACAAAAGCUCCAUCAAAGGUGAAUCUCCCGACUUUGCUAGCGUCGCUCCCACCUUGAACCCUCAUGCAAAGGGACAUCGUAAGCCAUGGUUCAACAAGUCACACAGAGCAAAGAGUCUCGGAAUUGAAGUAUUUUCGUUAUUUGGGUUGUUUGCAAUGGAUGUGGUUUCGAAAUUUGAGUUGGGAGAAACCAAUGGACUGAAUUUAAUGGACAACCCAUCUGAACGUGACAUAAUCUUGAAACAUCGUCAAGUGUCAAGUAUGUUAUUUUGGACUACAUUAAUGCCAGCACUUUGGGAUUUUGUUGCCACCAAAACCAUUAUGAAAUGCUCCGAGGACAUUGCAAAGUUUCGAAUGUCAUUGUACGAAAUUGCUGAAAAACACUGGGCAAACAAUGGGAAAAACUCCACUACUUUGGAAGUUUUGAAACAAAAUGGACUAAAAGGGCCAAGAGCUUACUCAUUCUUGUCGGACAAUUUGUUUGCUGGCCACGAGACAACAGCGGUGCAAUUGUGUUACUUGGUGUACGAAUUGUCUCGAUCUGGAAAUCACACCAUGGUUGAGAAAUUACAACAUGAGCUAUAUGAAUCUUUCUCCAAGCCUAAUAGUCACGAUGAUGUGAUUGAAGACUUGGAAAAAUUGGACAAGCUCGAAUUUUUGGAUGCGCUAUUGUUGGAGAAUUCCCGAGUACACGCAUCGAUCCCAGGAGCGGAGCCACGAGUAGUGGAUCGGGUUUACUCUAUAGCUGGUGUUGAAAUCCCCAAAGGGACAAUCAUAUCAUGCUUGCCAUAUGCGAUGCAUCGUGACUCCACAGUGUUUCCCAAGCACGACUAUUUCAUCCCAGAUCGAUGGUUAAAGUACCCCGAGGAAUCACAAGAGGAGUUUGAACAGAGAAAGAAAGCACAACACAAGUUUAUGAUGCAUUUCGGCAAGGGCAUACGCCUGUGUCUUGGAAUGCAUUUAGCAUGGAUGGAAAUGAAACUUGUUGUGGCCAAUUUGUAUUGGCAUUUUCAUUCUCUAUUGGAUGACGAUUGGUGUGAAAUCAAAAAUGACACGGAGCCUAUUCAAUUGGGAAAGAAGAAUUGUGGAAACAACAGCACGGAUCAAGAGAUGAUGUGUAUGAAUGAUGCUUACACAACUACCGGACCUGUGAACGAAGAGUGCUGGAUAAGAUGGGUCGAGAAUUCAUGA